AUGCCUCCAUUAUCUAUUGUAUCAUCAUCUAAUUACACUGAAGAUUAUUAUUCAAAUGAUACUUUAAAUAGUUCAAAUAUUUUACAGUCUUCUAUUCUUUAUUUAAAAUAUGAAUUAAAUUAUCAAUUUUUUACAUCACUUAAUGAUGACUUUACAAAAGAUGAAGAAAUAUUAGCUAAAAAUAUAUCUAAAUUAUUGGUUGAAGCAACAUCUUUAUUCAAAAAAAAAAAUGAAGAUAAGUUAAAAACUAUGCUUUCAAAAUGUACAUUAGAUGGUCCACAUUUAUCAUACAAUACAUUUUGUUCAGUUUUAUCAUAUUUAACUGAAAUGGCCAUAUCUGGACCCGUUAGUAGAACAACUUUUACGUAUGGACGUCUUGUUGGAAUAUUUACAUUCAUUGGAAUUUAUUCAAAAUUUCUUCUAGAUAAUGAUUGUCUUGAAGACAUUAAUACAUUGAUACUUUAUGCCUCUAAAUUAAUGGCAAAAUGGAUCAAUAUAUCAUGGAAACGUGAUAAACUUAGUUGGGAAGAUUUCAAUAAUAAAACAAAAUUAUCUAUUAAAACUAUAAAAAUAGAAUAUGAAAAUAAUAAGAUUAUUACUACUGUAACAGUUGUAGUUGGAGCAUGUGCUAUAGCUGUAGCAGCUCUAGGCAUAUAUUAUGGGAUAAGGAAAACUUUUUAUUAA